ACCAACCCCCUGAUUCUUUUACCCUAUAGAGUAGACCACAAACUCCAAGCUUUAGAAGCACAGUUUAAAGAACUGGACUUGACCAAGGAUAAUCUGACACAGAAAUUUGAACAUCAUAGCAAAAUGCUGGCAAGCCAGGCAGCCCAAGAUGAGCUGUGGACAGCAGUUCUGGCACUCAAGUUCACUUCAAUGGAAUUAAAUAUUAUAUACAGCUAUGUCGUGGAAGUACUCAUCUACUUGCACACUCAUGUGCUUGAGAAGCUGCCAGACCUGGUGAGAAGUCUUCCUACCUUAGCCUCCGUCCUUAGAAGAAAACUCAAUAACAAGCGCAUUAGAGUCGCAUGGGAAUCUGUCCUGGAGGAGUGUGGGCUGCAAGAAAGAGAUACCACAGCACUUUGUACCUUCUUUAUUGCGCAUGGUAACAAGGCAGAACACUACAGUGCCAAAGUGAGACAGAUGUACAUCAGGGAUGUCACUUUUAUGAUCACCAACAUGGUAAAGAACCAGGCUCUGCAGAAUGCUUUGCUGAUGGCUGUCCAGCUCAUUGAGAAGGGGAAAGCAGUGACAGCCCCUGAAGAGAAAAAGUCAUCCCUAAAAGAGUUGAUGCCAAUUGUCAAAAACUAACCUGUUCCCUUAUGACAUAGCAAUUCCACUUCCAGUAAUUCAUCUUGUAAAUGGGAAAAAAAUAUGUAUAUACAAUUUUGCUAUGGACUUACGGUAUUUUUAUUAUAGCAAAAGUUGGGAGAGUAUUAGAGAAAUUAUGAUAAAUUGAUACAAUGGAUAUUUCUGUAUAGUGAUAUAAAAGAAUGAAGAAGCUCUUUGGGUUUGGUUCAAUAGAUAGAGCGUCUGCCUGUGGACUGAAGGGUCCCAGGUUUGAUUCCAGCCAAG